UCAAUCGGUGAAAUUUAUAACGAGAUAAUGGACUUCGCGCUUGAUCUCUCUGUCAAGAAAAGCGGUUCAAAACCUGCCAAAGAUAUCUUUGAGACGAUUGGAUAUUUCUUUUUUCAUCUAAAUGAAGACAGUCUUAAGAAGAACGACAAACUGUUCGAGGGGCUUGUAGUCAAGCUCACACAUCUGUUGACAACAUUGGUGAUGAGACCUUCCUGGCCAUCUUCUUCGCCAGGCCUGUCGUUGACCACGUGUUGUGCACAGCCAUGGGCACGUCACGUGACCACGUUGUCCUUUGGAUAGAGAUGAUGAAGGCACUGCUCAAGCAUCCAACAGAAAACUGCAUGAGGGCAGUCUAUGAUGCCGUGAACGACAAAGACAAACUCCUGAAGUGGAAGGACUACCCGGCUCAAGUAAAAGAAAUCUUCGCCAUACUGAGCAAGGUAACAGUUCCAGACUGGGUGCAAGGCGAGGACAGGAAAAAAACAUUUGAAUACUUCAAAGACUUUGCAAAUCGCUUUCUAGACGGAGUGAACAAGGCCAAGCUUCAAAAGGACAUCAGAGAAGACAUGGUCUUCUUUGUCUUCCAUUGCAUAGAAUUGAAGGAUGUACCGCUAUACGCUGUAGCUUAUGAGGUAACAUCGAAACUGGAGUUCAACGGCAAGACCGACAAGGACUUGCUGAUGAAGAUAAUCCAUUUCCUUAACAGAAUUUUAUCAGAUGAGACUUAUGGCUGGCUUCAAGAAGAUUUACCGUACCCAAACUGCUUAACACAGUACAAAGACUGGCACAGUGUAUCGACAAGUUCAAGGAUGGAAAAACAUUUUCCUGGGAGGAGCUGGACGACAUGGUCAGCCUGUGUCUGCGAUGCCAGCAGGGGGCCUUCAUGCGUGACGACGACACCCUGACAGCCUACUACUCCGUCUACAUGACCGUCUCUGGUCAGCUGUACCAGUGGGUAAGUCAGCUUGCACACCUGUCGUCUCACAUGUGAUGGUCGCAAAAAUGUGUGGGUGUGUGUGUCGACCA